AACGAACCACUCCGCAAUGACCGCGUCAGUGAGUCCAUCCCUCCUCCCUCCACCUCGCCUUUGGCCGACAGGCAGUAGAAUAAUAAUACUCUCAACACACUCUCGUAUCAUCUUGAAGUGACCCUUGACCCUUUGCUAGAGCCAAACAUCACAGCACAACGCAGUCUCCUCUCUUAAAUCUUAAUAAUUUUAUUAUUUUUCUUAUCUAUACUACUAGUAUAAAUUAGUGCGAUCACAGCAUCUCCAAUGUCUCAAGCACGUAGAUUAAUAAUGGCGAGCGGCAGCAGUAUAUCCUCCAAUCCGAUGUCGUUUAAGCACGGCUUAUCUCUCUGGUGUCCACAGUCGUCUCCUUCUCUUCAUCGAACUCUCCAGUCUUCUCCUUCUUCUUCAAUCGGAUUCAAGACUUUCUUCCGAAACCACGUCGUUGCUGCUUCCUCCUCCUCCUUCGCUAAUGAAAAUAGAGAGUAUGUGAUUGUUGGUGGUGGAAAUGCAGCGGGAUAUGCGGCGAGGAGUUUUGUGGAUCAUGGAAUGGCUGAUGGAAAGCUUUGUAUUGUUACCAGAGAGGCAUAUGCACCAUAUGAGAGACCAGCUUUGACUAAAGCAUAUCUGUUUCCACUUGAUAAGAAGCCAGCGCGAUUGCCUGGUUUUCAUACUUGUGUUGGAUCUGGCGGGGAAAGGCAAACUCCAGAUUGGUAUAAAGAGAAAGGAAUUGAGAUGUUAUAUGAAGAUCCUGUGACAGGCAUUGAUAUUGAAAAACAAACAGCAACGACGAUAUCAGGCAAGCUGCUCAAGUAUGGAACUCUUAUAGUUGCUACAGGAUGUUCUGCCUCUAGAUUUCCAGAGAAGAUCGGAGGAAAUUUACCUGGUGUUCACUAUAUAAGGGAUGUGGCAGAUGCUGACUCAUUAAUAUCGUCUUUGGAGAAGGCACAUAAGUUGGUUAUUGUAGGUGGUGGUUAUAUUGGCAUGGAAGUAGCUGCAGCAGCUGUUGCUUGGAAACUUGACACUACGAUCAUUUUCCCAGAGAAUCAUCUUAUGCAAAGGCUUUUCACUCCUUCACUUGCUCAAAAAUAUGAAGAAUUAUAUCAAGAAAAUGGUGUUAAGUUCAUAAAGGGAGCCUCUAUCAAGAACUUAGAAGCCAGUUCUGAUGGGCAUGUAGCUGCCAUUAAACUUGAAAAUGGAUCUACUAUAGAAGCAGACACGGUAAUAAUUGGUAUUGGGGCAAAACCAGCUGUUGGUCCCUUUGAAAGGCUGGGGUUAAAUAACAGUGUUGGCGGAAUACAGGUUGAUGGUCAGUUCAGGACAGGUAUUCCUGGGAUUUUUGCAAUUGGAGAUGUAGCAGCAUUCCCAUUAAAGAUGUAUAACCGCAUGGCACGAGUUGAACAUGUAGACCAUGCUCGGCGAUCAGCUCAGCAUUGUGUCAAAUCACUACUUACUGCUCAUACUAGCUCAUAUGAUUAUCUCCCAUAUUUUUAUUCGAGGGUUUUUGAGUAUGAAGGGAGCCCAAGAAAAAUAUGGUGGCAGUUCUUUGGAGACAAUGUUGGAGAGACAAUUCAAGUAGGGAAUUUCGAUCCUAAAAUUGCCACCUUCUGGAUAGAUUCUGGCAAACUGAAAGGAGUUCUCCUUGAAAGUGGAAGUCCUGAGGAAUUUCAACUACUCCCUGAACUUGCAAAGAGCCAGCCUAUUGUUGAUAAAUCCAAGCUUCAGUCAGCAUCUUCAGUUGAAGAGGCUCUGGAGAUUGCUCGGACAUCCCUCCAGGCUGCAGUUUAGUUGAGGAAUUCCACCGUUGAUUCUUCAAGUGAGCCAUACAUGAAAUUUCUUUCUUGAGGGAACUUUUCAAUAAUCUUCAUGUCUAAUUGUUCAUUAAAUUGCUCUCAAUAUCCGGCCUUUAGUUGGAGUCGCCUUCAUCUUUUUUUGGGAAUAAUGGUUAUAGCACGAAGUAUCGUUGUAUAGUUGAGCAAAUUUUCCAAGUCACAGGCUUCUUCUCUGUAUUAGGUGAAAUAAAUUUUUGGAAUAAUCUUAAAUUUUGGUGUUUUGCACGCAA